GCCGCGGGGAGGGCGGGGGCCGGCGUCUGCUGCUGGGGGAGCGAGCGGCCCCCGGCACCGGGACCGGCGGGCGCGGCGCAGCGCAGCGCCCUCGCCCGCUCCGGUCCUCGCCUUCCCUCUCCGUCCUUCUUUCCUUCUCUUCUUCCCUUCCCCGGGCCGUGCCCGUAGCCCGGCCCCGCCAUGAAGCUGAGCAGCCGCGGCCGAGGAUGCUGCGUGGCCGGCAGCCGGGAGCGCGGGCCGCCGCCGAGGAGCCCCUUCGUGCACCAGCUGCGCCUCGGCCCCCUGCAGAAAGCCAAGAUCGCCUUCAUGACCUUGACUCUGUUUCCUAUCCGACUCUUUUUUGCUGCUUUUAUGAUGUUGUUGGCCUGGCCUUUUGCGUUCAUUGCUUCAAUGGGAUCUGACGAGCAAGAGCUUGAAAAGCCCCUCUCCUGGUGGCGAAAAAUAGUGGAUGUUUUGCUGAAAGCAAUCAUGAGAAUGAUGUGGCUUGCUGGUGGAUUCCACUGGAUAAAUGUGAAAGGCAGGCGGGCGUUGCCAGCAGAAGCAGCGAUAUUAACGGUGGCUCCCCAUUCUUCCUACUUCGAUGCCAUUCCAGUAACUAUGACCUUCGCCUCCAUUGUGAUGAAAGCGGAAAGCAAAGAUAUUCCUGUUUGGGGAACUCUUAUCAAAUACAUCCGACCAGUAUUUGUGUCUCGGUCAGACCAGGAUUCUCGCAGGAAAACUGUUGAAGAGAUAAAGAGACGUGCUCAAUCUGAUGGUAAAUGGCCACAGAUAAUGAUAUUCCCAGAGGGCACUUGCACAAACCGAUCCUGUCUAAUUACAUUCAAGCCUGGAGCAUUUAUUCCUGGAGUUCCUGUACAGCCAGUGGUUUUACGUUACCCAAACAAACUGGAUACAAUCACAUGGACAUGGCAAGGCCCAGGAGCGUUAGAAAUUCUGUGGCUUACUUUGUGUCAGUUUCACAAUUCCGUGGAAAUUGAGUUUCUACCUGUGUAUAUUCCAUCAGAAGAAGAAAGAAGGAAUCCAGUGUUAUACGCCAAUAACGUCAGACGUGUAAUGGCAGAGGCAUUGGGAGUUUCAGUGACAGACUAUACAUUUGAAGACUGUCAGCUAGCCUUGGCUGAAGGACAACUUCGUCUGCCUUCAGACACGUGUCUUUUAGAAUUUGCAAAGCUUGUGAGAAGCCUUGGGCUGAAACCAGAAACACUUGAAGAUGAUCUUGAAAAAUAUGCUGCAAGUGCCAUGAAAAUGAAAGAAGAGAAGGUUGAUCUUAAGGAAUUUUCAGCAUAUUUGGAAUUUCCAGUUUCCCACACAUUAGAAAGUAUGUUUGCCCUUUUUGACGAGAAUGAAGAUGGCGUAAUUGAUGUUCGGGAAUUUGUCAUUGCUUUGUCAGUUGUCUGUAAGCCAUCCAAAACUCUGGAAACAAUUCAGGUGGCAUUUCAGCUAUACCAGUCAGAAAAUGGAACUAUAACAGAAGAUGACUUAGCUCAUAUUCUGAAGACUGCCAUGGGUGUGUCACAGAUUAAUGUUACACAUCUUUUUAGAGCUGUAGAUGAAGAAGAGAAAGGAAAGAUUACAUAUGAUGACUUCUACAGAUUUGCUGAAUUGCACCCACACUUUGCAGAAGACUAUCUCUAUCCUGAUCAGAUGGGAGCUGAGCGUGGUUUGGAGACUUCAUCUCGUUCUGCUCCUAAUGGUAUCUGUACUGACUUCAGCCCUGAAAACGCUGAAGAUAAAAACAAGCCCCUGCAGAAGAAACUGAAUUAACACUACAACUGUAAACUUCCUCUCCUGGUGAGAGGAUUCCCUUUUCUUGGGAUUUUCAUAAGUCACUCCAAUUACACAGCAAAUACCAGUUUUGUGUGUGAAAGUUCUUCUACUUCAAUACCUUUCUUUGAUUCAUACGUGCUAUAUUUAACAAUAUGUUCCAGGUUACUUUGGGGAAGGUGUUUUUAUUUUUUUUUCCAAAAGGUCUUUGAAAGGCAAAAAUGUGAAUGUGCUUCAUUAUUAAUGUUCAUAUUUAAAAGGAAGCGGCACACUUAUUUAUAUUCCACUGGCUAGUUUCAUGUACAAAGUGUCGCACAAAUUGUGCAUGUAUAAAGAAACUGUAGCUACUAUGG